AUGGAAAUGAAACCCCAGGGCGAGCUUCUGCAGAUCAUCUCCAGCUCCUCCAACUCCCCCAGCUUCUCCAACUCCUCAAGCUUCUUCAACUCCUCCAGCUUCUCCAACUCCUCCAGCUUCUCCAACUCCUCAAGCUUCUUCAACUCCUCCAGCUUCUCUAGCCCCUCCAGCUUCUCCAACUCCCCCAGCUUCUUCAACUCCUCCAGCUUCUCUAGCCCCUCAAGCUUCUCCAACUCCCCCAGCUUCUUCAACUCCUCCACCUUCUCUAGCCCCUCCAGCUUCUUCAACUCCUCCACCUUCUCUAGCCCCUCCAGCUUCUUCAACUCCUCCAGCUUCUCUAGCCCCUCCAGCUUCUCCAACUCCUCCAGCUUCUCUAGCCCCUCCAGCUUCUCCAACUCCCCCAGCUUCUUCAACUCCUCCAGCUUCUCUAGCCCCUCCAGCUUCUCCAACUCUCCCACCUUCUCUAGCCCCUCAAGCUUCUCCAACUCCCCCAGCUUCUUCAACUCCUCCACCUUCUCUAGCCCCUCCAGCUUCUUCAACUCCUCCACCUUCUCUAGCCCCUCCAGCUUCUCUAGCCCCUCCAGCUUCUUCAACUCCUCCACCUUCUCUAGCCCCUCCAGCUUCUCUAGCCCCUCCAGCUUCUCCAACUCCUCCAGCUUCUCUAGCCCCUCCAGCUUCUCCAACUCCCCCAGCUUCUUCAACUCCUCCACCUUCUCUAGCCCCUCCAGCUUCUUCAACUCCUCCACCUUCUCUAGCCCCUCCAGCUUCUUCAACUCCUCCACCUUCUCUAGCCCCUCCAGCUUCAACUCCUCCAGCUUCUCUAGCCCCUCCAGCUUCUCCAACUCCUCCAGCUUCUCUAGCCCCUCCAGCUUCUCCAACUCCCCCAGCUUCUCCAGCUCCUCCAGCUUCUCUAGCCCCUCCAGCUUCUCCAACUCCCCCAGCUUCUCUAGCCCCUCCAGCUUCUCCAACUCCCCCAGCUUCUUCAACUCUCCCACCUUCUCUAGCCCCUCCAGCUUCUCCAACUCCUCCAGCUUCUCUAGCCCCUCCAGCUUCUUCAACUCCUCCAGCUUCUCCAACUCCUCCAGCUUCUCUAGCCCCUCCAGCUUCUCCAACUCCUCCAGCUUCUCUAGCCCCUCCAGCUUCUCCAACUCCCCCAGCUUCUCUAGCUCCUCCAGCUUCUCCAACUCCCCCAGCUUCUCUAGCUCCUCCAGCUUCUCCAACUCCCCCAGCUUCUCUAGCCCCUCCAGCUUCUCUAGCUCCUCCAGCUUCUCCAACUCUCCCACCUUCUCUAGCCCCUCCAGCUUCUCCAACUCCUCCAGCUUCUCUAGCUCCUCCAAUUCUUCCUCCUCUUCUUCUUCAUCAUCAUCUUCUCCUUCAUUUUCUUCUUCUUCGUCAUCAUCAUCAUCAUCUUCUUCAUUUUCCUCUUCUUCUUCAUCUUCUUUUUAA